CUUACGGCUAAAGCCAGGGUCAGGAAUGCAAAUCAUGAUUGUCACACACACAAACCCACAAAAGUAAUGAAAUGAGAACAUGCACAACUAAAUGUAUUUUGUUACACAAGAAAAUGCCAAGUCUUUUAUUACGAGAGCCAAUCUGUGGUAUGAGUGGAAUGAAUGAAAAGCUUCCAGAGAAUUUCAUUAUUCCCUUUUACCGCACCAAACUGCACAAAACCCAAUUUGGAAGCUAGUGUGUGUGUGCCGUGUCUAUUUAUCUACAUUGUUUCAACUCUAGGACAGUGUGCUCACCUCCUGUAGUCUGCUGUCUUCACCUUUUCCUUAUUAUCUUGUAGUCCAUUCAGUGUUUCCUUCACUCCCAUAAUUUCUCCCGAAUAGUUGUCUGUCUAUGGUGCUUUCUGUCUCAGUGGGGCUAUAGGAUUCACCCAUCUAAAACUUUAGAGAACACUGGAUUCAGUAGACCCUGAAACUCACCCAUCCCUAUUUCUCCUGUUAGGCAUUAUCUGACAGAAAAUGACUAAAGUAAACACUGUCUGAAUCUGAACUAAAUGUGUUAACUAUUAACUUUUUAAUAGCUCAGAGGAAGUUACCUGAAUAACUCACGUCCAGAGUCAAAAUAUCAAGGAAAAGAAAACACUUUUUCAGAUUUUGAAGCAGGCUAAUCUGGUACGCUAACGGUUUUAUCACGUCCUCACUUGUCAAAUCUUGAGGAAAUGUGGAGCGAAGUAUAAAUAAUUCUGUCUUCUCAGGGUGAUAAAGGUGAAACACAUCCGAGAGGUGUUUCAUUUCUGAACAAAUGUGUGAACCCAUUUUAAGUGAACGGUGUUUUUAACGAUACGGUUGAGCGAUUGAAGUGUCGUCGUCACCUACUGAUGUAAUACGAUGUUACCGAUGUUUUAAAUCUUUUUUUUUUUACUGAUUGAAAAGAUUCGAAUCACUGAAAUGACUGGAAUUGCGGUGACUUGAAAGGCUGGUUAGCAGAGAUUACCUCGUCCUGAGGGGGCGCGCGGCUCUCGCUGAGUUUAAGUUGAGGAGAUGAGAGAAGCGCCAGUUCAUUCACUGUCAGAUCCCAUCCACGCGCACGAGCGAGACCAGACGUGUUCAAGUUUGAACCGAAUUAGUUUUAUACGAGGAGUUGAGGACACAAAGUGUGGACGGUGGAUAAAAUGGACUAUUUUGGAUAAACGUGGACUCUUUACUCUAUCAUUGUUUUGAAUCUAGGACCACCUUUGGAUUUAGAAUUUUUUUAUUGAGCUCAGAAGCGAUGCGGUCAAGGGAUGAAGGUUCGCUUCAUUCAUGUUUUCUUUUUUAACGGAUUAAAACGACUAUAAUUUAUUCGUACCAGUACAAUUCAGAGAGUCGUUUUUAGGGCUUUGACAUAGGCUACUUGUGAAGAGUUUAUCCUUGGAGAGGUUUGUCUGUGGAAAGGCAUGUUCCCUGGCUCCACGCCGGUUGGAGCAUCUUUGCGGCUCCGGUCGGGAAGGUUUCGCCUGCGCUGGGACACAUUUGGACCACAGGGGAGAUGAGAACCGCGCUGAUCUACUUUCUCUUCUGCUGCUUCUCUGUGCUUUCAGCAGCCGCUGAGGAAGCGCCGAUUCCCCGAGAGCUGAUCGAGAGACUCUCUAACAGUGACAUCCGCAGCAUUAGCGACCUCCAGAGGCUCCUGGAGAUUGACUUCCUUGAGAAUGAGGUGCUGGAAGACGUUAAGCAGGGCCACCAUAAGGAGCAUCUGUAUGACAGCAGACACCUCAAGAGUUCACACACUCACUCUAGACGCAAGAGAAGCAUUGAGGAGGCAGUGCCAGCAGUCUGUAAGACUCGCACAGUGAUCUACGAGAUCCCACGCAGUCAGGUGGAUCCCACGGCCGCCAACUUCCUGAUCUGGCCUCCGUGUGUCGAGGUGAGGCGAUGCUCAGGCUGCUGCAACACCAGCAACAUGCGCUGCCACCCGUCCAAAAAACACCACAGGGCUGUGAAGGUGGCCAAGGUGGAGUACGUACGCAGGAGGCCAAAGCUUCGGGAGGUGCAGGUGCAGCUGGAGGAUCAUCUCGAGUGUGUGUGCACGUCCAAACAUCACUCAGAGUCCCGCAUACACACAGAUAUAAGGUGAGCGUGGCUCUGGAUAAAAGAAAGCAGAGAAGGUGGGCCAUCACGUCCAAUCAGAUAACUCGGACUGCACGGCAGCCAUUGAGUGAUAUCAUCUGAAGAGACGAGGCGGAUGUGAACUGUUCAGCAAUGAGCGAAUCAGGGCGGCCUUUUUGGCUUACUUUGGACUUUUGAUGCACCUUUAGAAGCGACCCCGAGAGAGACUUUGGAUUAAAACCCUGGGGGAACAAAGCACAAAAAAACUAGAGACUGCAAUGACAGAGACUCGCAGAGCCUGUAAACGAACUUUGAGUCGCAGACGUCGAAGUACUGAUUCCACGACCUUUUAAAGGAGCAUCUAUCACAACUUUAUUUGUGUAUCAAAAUGUAUUUCUCCAGCAAAUAUCUGUAUCAUCUUAUUUUUGUAUAACUGCCAGUUUUCUAUCAACAAUGAUCUUCUCUUGUCUUAUAUAUGCCGUAGAACGAACGAGUACAUCAAAACACAAUCUACAGUAACUGAUACUUAAUAAAGUGAAUACAUUUUA